CCUAUAAAGUUCCACCAAUCGCAUAAGAAGGAAGAAUCUCGCGAUGCUUAGCGGAGGCGGAGCGGGCCGAGUCUCUAGAAGCAAUUUCAUUUUAAAGUGGGCGUGGCUUGAGGGUGCUUUGACUGAGGCAGUGCCAACACAAUGUAUCUGCCAGCGGGAGAUGGGACCAUAGGGAGCAUAGGCAGCCAGGAAGGAAGGAAGGAAGGAAGAAAGAAGUGCAGAGAAAUAGAGGAAAGCUGAUCAGAUCACAGCAGAAAGUCUUUGAUGAGAAGACAGGUACAUUCAGUUCACAGGAACACAGGACUGACUUGGAUUAAAGGCUUUUUAGUAUGAUUCAGUGACACUGGCUAUUAUGGGUGUGUAGGACUGCCGGAGAAAAUUAGGUUAUUUUAUAUUUGUGCUUACAACUGUGUAAUGACUGUCAGACAAAACACCAGAAGAUGGAGUCGGGAGUUUAUACCUCACACAGAAAUAAGAUCUGCUUCCAGCUCCCGGGAGAGGUCUCAGUCCAGGGAAAGACCCCGACAACGAUAUUUGGAAAAUUCAACAGACUUAGCCAGAAUGAGAAGUCACAGGAGUGCUAUGCUGGGAAGUUCCCGGACACUAUACUCCAGCAUGUCUCGCAGUAUUGAAUUGUCUCUAGAUGAAUUAGAUGCUGUCAAAUUUAUUCAAGAGAACUUCAAGAAGAGGGAGUGUGUAACCUAUACCAAGGAUUCUAAAGCACAGGAUAGUGUAUGUAAGUGUGGAUACACCAAGAUACAGCAUAUUGAAGGAACUCAGGUCAACACAAGCGAUAAAUGGAUUUACAAGAAGCAUACAAAAGAGCUCCCCUCUGAUGCAUAUGGAAACAUUCAGUUCGAUGCCUUUGGAAGAAAAGGGAAGUACAUUCGCUUGUCCCGAGACACAGCCCCAGAGACACUGUAUGAGCUCAUGACCAAAUACUGGCAGCUUAAAACACCAAACCUCAUCAUCUCUGUGACUGGUGGUUCUAAAAACUUUUCCCUAAAGCCACGAAUGCGCAAGAUCUUCAGUCGUCUUAUUUACAUUGCACAAACCAAAGGUGCCUGGAUCUUCACAGGAGGCACUCACUAUGGUCUUAUGAAGUACAUUGGAGAGGUGGUCAGAGAUAAUUCCAUUAGUCGAAGCUCAGAAGAGAAAGUGGUAGCCAUUGGCAUUGCAGCCUGGGGAAUGAUCUCUAAUCGUGAUACACUUAUCCGGUCUUCAACAACUGAGGGAAAUUAUGUGGCUCAUUACAUCAUGGACGAGCAAAAGCGUGACCCUCUCUACUGUCUGGACAACAACCACACCCAUUUGAUCCUGGUGGACAAUGGAACUAAUGGACAUCCAACUACAGAAGCUGAUCUCCGAGCAUCAUUGGAGAAAUAUAUCUCAGAACUCAAUGUCCCUGAUUCCAAUUAUGGUGGAAAAAUUCCAAUUGUAUGUUUUGCUCAGGGAGGUGGGAAGGAGACAUUAAGGGCUAUUAACACUGCCAUUAAGAGUAAGAUCCCAUGUGUUGUAGUGGAGGGAUCUGGCCAGACAGCCGAUGUGAUCGCCAGCCUUGUGGAUGCUGAGGGUACUUCACUUGCUUCUUCAGCCAUUAAAGAAAAGCUGGUUCGAUACAUGCCCCGCACUAUAUCUCGGUUGGCAGAAGAUGAGAUGGAGACCUGGAUACGAUGGAUUAAAGAAAUAAUGGACAACUUGCAUCUUUUGACUGUGAUAAAGAUGGAGCAAGCUGGAGAUGAGUUUGUGACAAAUGCCAUCUCUUUUGCUCUUUAUAAAGCUUUUAGUACCAAUGAGCAGGAUAAGGAUAACUGGAAUGCUCAGCUGAAACUACUUCUGGAAUGGAACCAGCUGGAGUUGGCCAGCGAGGAGAUCUUCACUAAUGACCGGAGGUGGGAGUCAGCUGACUUGGAAGAUGCCAUGUUUGCAGCACUUGUAAAAGAUAGGCCAAAAUUUGUGCGUCUUCUCCUUGAGAAUGGUUUGAAUCUACGCAAGUUUCUUACCAGUGAAAUCCUUACUGAACUUUUUUCUCUACACUUUAGUACUUUAGUUUUUCGUAACUUGCAAAUUGCCAAAAAUUCUUACAAUGACACUUUACUAACCUUUAUCUGGAAAAUGGUUUUGAGCUAUCAAAGGAAUCGCAAAGAGGAAAGGAAUAGCUGUGAUGACUCAGAGAUUCAGGAUCUGACUCCAAUCAUAAAACAUCCUGUUCAAGUUCUAUUUAUAUGGGCCAUACUACAGAAUAAAAGAGAACUAUCUAAAGUAAUAUGGGAGCAGACAAGGGGGUGCACUCUGGCUGCAUUGGGAGCAAGCAAACUACUAAAAAGCUUGGCUAAAGUAAAGAAUGAUAUCAAUGCUGCCGGGGAAUCAGAAGAGAUUGCAAAUGAGUUUGAAGCCAGAGCCGUGGAACUGUUCACAGAGUGUUACAGCAAUGAUGAGGACUUGGCAGAGAUGCUGCUCGUCUAUUCCUGUGAAGCCUGGGGUAAGAGUAACUGUCUUGAGAUGGCAGUCGAAGCAAAAGACCAGAAAUUUAUAGCACAGCCGGGGGUACAGAACUUUCUCUCCAAGCAAUGGUAUGGAGAAAUUUCUAGGGAUACUAAGAACUGGAAGAUCAUCAUGUCCCUUUUCUUCUUUCCUCUCAUCUGCUGUGGAUUCAUUUCAUUCAGGAAAAAAACAACAGAUGGAGAAAGAACAGUUCUGUUCAAUUUGUUUGACUUUUUCACUUCUCCUUUUGUGGUCUUCUCUUGGACAGUCAUCUUCUAUAUUGGAUUCCUGCUGCUGUUUGCAUAUGUCAUACUGAUGGAUUUCCAAAGAUCCCCUACCGGUCUUGAGAUCGCGGUCUAUUUUCUGGUUUUUGUCUUAUUUUGUGAUGAGAUAAGACAGAUGUACAUGAGUGGAGUGAAGUAUUUUACUGACCUUUGGAACAUUAUGGAUAUCCUGGCCAUCUUGUAUUUUAUUUCUGGCAUUGUGUUCAGAAUGCGCAGUACUAACUCCAGCUCACUAUAUACUGGAAGAGUCAUUUUUUGCCUGGAUUAUAUAAUUUUUACUGUCCGUCUCAUCCACAUAUUCACUGUCAGCCGAAAUCUUGGACCAAAGAUUAUUAUGCUACAAAGAAUGCUUAUCGAUGUAUUUUUUUUCCUCUUCCUCUUUGCUGUUUGGGUGACUGCAUUCGGAGUUGCUCGGCAGGGAAUCCUCAGAUGGAAUGAACAUCGCUGGGAAUGGAUUUUCCGUUCUGUUGUUUAUGAACCAUACCUGGCUGUGUUUGGACAGUACAUUGCGGAUGUAGAUGGCACCACUAUUGAUUUUGACCUCUGCACUAUUAAUGGGAAUGAAUCUAAACCAUUGUGUGUAGAGUUGGAUAGUGACAACCAACCCAGAUUCCCAGAGUGGAUCACAAUCCCUCUAGUCUGUAUCUACAUGCUGUCUACCAACAUAUUACUUGUUAACCUACUAAUUGCCAUGUUUGGGUACACUGUGGGAUCAGUUCAAGAAAAUAAUGACCAAGUUUGGAAGUUUCAGCGAUAUUUCCUGGUCCAGGAAUAUUGUAAUAGAUUGACAAUUCCAUUUCCUUUUGUCAUUUUUGCUUAUUUCUUCAUGGUACUAAGGAAGAUGUUCGGGUGUUGUUGCAAGAAACAAGAACCAGAGCCUAUACCCUGCUGCCAUAAGAAGGAUGAUAUUGAGACGCUGGCUUGGGAAGCUGUGAUGAAGGAGAAUUAUUUGGUGAAACUGAUCAGCCAGACACACAACAACAUGGAAAUGGAGAACAGAUUUAAACAGUUGGAAAUGAAGCUAAAUGACUUGAAAACAUUAUUGAAGGAAAUUAGAAACAAGAUAAAGUGAAAUUGUUUACUUGGGAGCAGAAUAUGGUUACAGCUUCUUUAGGAAACAUGAGCAGUGCAUUCUGACAGUGUGGCACCAUCUCUGACUGACCGUGCUGCCUUUUCUGAAUUACCAAAAUCCUUAACACCAUACUAAGACACAGCCUUAAUACUUCUAUGUCCAGUAAUAAAAUGGUAUAAAUCCAAAGUGCAAACUUAUCUUUUUAAAUUAUCAAAUACUUUCAAAUGUCCGUCCCCCCCAAGUUCUUCAACAAUUGAAUUGCUCUCUAUUAGACAAGAUGUAAUGUAUAUAACAGAAAUACAAGAUUUUUUGGCUCUUAUAAUAAUGUAGGACUUGAA